AUGGCCUCACAGCCGCUAACGGGCCUGGCUGUUGAAGAGGACGGGACCCUCUACCAUGCUGGCGAGGCUUUGCCAAACGUGGCGGAGGCGAUCGCGCUGUUAAGAAGCUUGGGAAAAUCUGUUUUCUUCGUGACGAACACCUCGUCCAGGAGCCGUGAGCAGCUGCGAGACAAGCUCUGCAGACUUGGCAUCGACUGCCGCGCAGAGGAGUGCGUGCCUUCUGGGGUGUUUGCAGCCACCUACAUCAGGCAGAGCCAUCCGGAGGCGUCCGAGAUCUACGUCAUUGGUGGUGGCGGCCUUGUGGCAGAAUUUGAAAAGCUUGGUUUCCGCUGCCAUGGCGGUCCCACAGAGGACGAAAAGCGCUUCAGUGAGGACGAGUUCAAGGCUUUGGCGUCUGAAGUCGCUGCCACACGCUUUGAUGGCGUGGUGGUGGGAUGGGACACAGGAAUCACCUACUACAAGGUUGCAAAGAGUGCACUUGUCUUCCAGCUCCAUCCUGAGUGCUUCUUCUAUGCGACGAACGAUGAUCCAGCAGACCGAGUCGGCAGUUGGCUCCUGCCUGGAAAUGGGCCCCUGCUCAAAGCAGUGGAGGCCUCCUGCAGUGCUUGCGCCGCGUCACGCCGCGGCCGCGAACAGCCCUGGGGAGACCAGGCAGAGGUGCUUGGCAAGCCCAACCCGGCUUAUGCUCGACUCAUUGCGGAGUGGGCGAUCGCCUUGACACAGACAUUGAGAUGGGAAGGCAGGCUGGGAUGCGCUCACUACACGUGCUGA